GAGUAAUAAAAGUAGCCCACCUUCAGUUUCAUAGCGAGUUUUUAUGUUACGAGUCCGCAUUUGAAGACAGCCUUUAUCUGAAGAGGACAUAGCAACGCCUUUCUCUGGGAAGAUGUGAAUAUGACUUGUACGGAGAAAGUAUAUGUUAUAAACUGUGCUUUUAGUUAGCUCGCUGCUAGCCAGAUCCCGAAGAAACCUGCAAUGACUGUCAACGCUUUCUAUGGAUACACAUCUAUUAAAGAGGGAUUUUAGGGAGCUGCCAAGCACAGGUUCAUCUACGAAGAAUUUCAGUCCUCCUACCAGCUGUCAUGGACAACGUGAAAUCACGCAGCAAUGAUGAGGAUGAAGAGCUGCAGUCCACAGAUCCAGAGAGUAAAGAGAAGAGCAAAGAUAAAAAGACACUGUGCAAAGUAAAGUGGUCACGAGAUGAGGAUGAAAAGCUGAAAAAGCUUGUUGAGCAGCACGGAACAGACUCCUGGAAAUUAAUAGCUACCCUUUUUCCAGGGAGGACAGAUGGCCAGUGUCAGCACCGGUGGCAGAAGGUGCUCAAUCCAGAGCUAGUGAAAGGACCAUGGACAAAGGAGGAGGAUCAAAAGGUUAUUGACCUCGUACAUAAAUAUGGUCCCAAGCGCUGGUCAGUGAUUGCGAAGCACCUCCAGGGAAGAAUCGGAAAGCAGUGCCGUGAACGCUGGCACAACCACCUCAACCCAGAAGUUAAGAAGUCUUCAUGGACUCAGGAAGAGGAUCGAAUCAUCUAUGAAGCCCACAAACGCCUUGGCAACCGCUGGGCUGAGAUCUCUAAGCUUCUUCCUGGACGAACGGACAACUCCAUCAAGAACCACUGGAAUUCCACCAUGAAGAGAAAAGUGGAGCAUGAGGGGUACCUGCAAGAUGGCUGCAAGACUUCCUCUGCUAAUGGGAAGAGACGCCACAACAGGCAGUGUCCUGCAACUCCAACAGAGCCCCAGCACUGUGACCGCAGCCCUGUGGCUAUGACAGCAUCAAACCAGACGGGUGGUUUUCCAUUUGAGCCUCAUGGUGGGCACAUGAUGGACAGUCUUCCUGAAAAUUCAAGCUUCAUAUCACCAUCCUGCCUGGAUGAUCCUGACAGAGAGCAAAGAAUUAAGGAGCUUGAACUGCUGCUUAUGUCAGCAGAGAGUGAAGUCCACCAACAAGUGCAGUGCAGAGGUUCAUGUAGUUUGGAGCAGUACCCAGCAUGGCCAGACAGUGUGUCAGAUGACACGCGAACCACGAGUAGCAGUAGCCUGGAAGAACAAGCAGAGAGAAGACCCUGGGAGGGCCCUGAGAUCCCGCAGGGAGCUCCAGCACCGCUUCCUGUCUCGCCCAGCAAGUUCCUGGCUGUAGAGGCCAGCACAGUGCUGUCCACCCUGCAGACCAUACCAGAAUUUGCAGAGACCAUGGAGCUUAUUGAUUCAGAUCCUGUCGCAUGGAACGAAGUGGCCAGUUUUGAUUUGUCAGAGACGGCGACGCCGUCCAGGCACAACCAGGCAGCCUAUAGCACUAUCUUGCAAGAGAGCACCAUGUACAAUUCAGUGAAUUACCCAGUCAACGCUGCCACUACCGACUUAGGCCAAGACAGGAACUGUGCUCCAUUUGGUGUGGGAGAUCUUGCAUCCAUGACUCCCAUUAACUCAUCCAAACCCACCCAGGCUUCCACUGGGAGGAAGAGGAGAAGAGAGAGGGGGGAACCAUCUCCUUUGUGUGACAAGACUUGCUCUUCCUUCUUGGAAAAUAUUUCAAAUUCUCCCAAGAAAACACCUAUAAAGACACUGCCAUUUACCCCGUCACGAUUCUGCAACAUAUCAGUGCCAGAGCAUCUCAAUCUGGAAAACCCCGCCCUCACCUCAACUCCUGUGUGCGGUCAGAGGUGUCUGCUCAACACACCCCUUCAAAAAGAUACCACACCUAAACACCAGAAAGAGAAUGAUGGUUCCAGGACUCCUAAAUUCUGCAAAACAGUCAUGACUCCAACUCCGAGGACACCCACUCCUUUCAAAAAUGCUUUGGCUGCCCAGGAGAAAAUGCACGGGCCACUAAAGAGAGAGCCACAGCCUUUGGCCUUUCUCGAAGAAGACAUUCGAGAAGUUCUAAAGCAAGAGACCGGAACAGACAUCUUCAACAGAGCAGACUUACAGCCAGAUUACAGAGUGUGGAAACAUAACAUGGAUGGCCCAGCUAGAAAAGUGCGCAAGUCUCUUGUCCUGGACCCUUGGGGCAAAGAAAGCAUUAAUACUGAACUUUUCCAAGACCAGCUCGACGAUGCACAGGUGUCAGAUGAAGGUCUACUGACAAGCUCUUCAUUGGUUUCUCCGAUCUCCGAGAGAGACGAGUGUGGCCAUUCUGUGACUUCUGGGAAAGAUGAGCUCUCAUUAGGAGUCGCCGUUCAUACUCAACACUUUACUAGCCCUCGGACGAAGAAGCUUCCGACCUCUAACAAAGCAACAAAACACAACACUGCACAGGUGAGUGAGUGGGAAGCAGUGGUUUAUGGAAAGACGCAGGACCAACUGAUCAUGACAGAACAGGCUCGUCAGUACCUGAAUCCCUACCCACCGUCCACCUCUGUCUCAAGGGCGCUUGUGCUUUAAAGCCGUCCCCUCGACUACGCAGGCAGCACUACAUCUGUCCGACAACUAAAACCUCCACUGAAUCUUGUAAGAGACAAUCCAGUGAAGACAAAUUGUUUUAUUUUUCUUCUGAAGCAGAAGUGCACUGCCAGUGACGUCCAUACAGAGGUUUUGUUCUCAACGCAUUUUGAGGUAACUGCCCAAAGUGUUCUCUGUUUGCCAGCAGUCAUGAGCAGUUUUGUACACAUACAAAAAGGCUUUUUCUUUUAAUCAACCUGCACAUAGAGUAGGCUGCAGAAAUAGUGUGUAUCACCAGCAGCGGCUGCUUCUGAGUUGUAUAUUAUUAAUAUAUUGUUUAAAGACAUGAAAGACAUUAUAAGAUGUAGCGCUACUCAUUGUUUAUCUCCUCCUGCAUGUUUUUACUAAACUGUCCCACUGCUGUUAGCAGAUAAAAAAAACACGUAUGUGCAGCAUUUGUAGCUUUUUACCGACACCCGUGUACAAUGAAAUCACGCCAUGGGUUGUAAACUGACGCAGUACAGACUUCAUUCACUGGCCACUUUAUUGGGUAUAUCUGCUCGACCGCUCAUUAACGCAAGGCAUAUCAUAUGGUCAAGAUGAUCAUAUGAUGUGAAGUUUACACCGAGCGUGAGAGUGAGGAAGAAAGGUGAUUUAAGUGACUGAACACAGCAUGGUUGUUGGUGCUCAGAAAUUGCUGAUCUGCUGGGAUUUUCCAUCACUACCUUCUCUAGGUUUUACAGAUACAAAAUUCAAAAUGGGUAAAAAUGGCCAGACUGAAGGCAAAAGUAACUCAAAUAACCAAAAUAUGCAGAAGAGCACCUCUGAUGUAGCUGAGGGGCUACAGCAGCAGAAGACCAUACCAGAUGCCACUCCUGUCAGCUAAUAACAGGAAACUGAGGCUUUAAUUCACACAGGCUCCCUGAAACUGUACAAAAAAGAUUGGAAAAAUCUUGCCUGGUCUGACGAGUCUCAAUAUUCAGAUGGUAGGGUCAGAAUUUGGAGUAAACGACAUGAAAUCAUGCAUCCAUCCUGCCUUCCUGUACUCAAAUGGGAUCCACAGACAACAGACCCCAUCAGAUCCAGUCACCUUUGGGAUGUAGCUGAAAAUCUGCAGCAACUAUGUGAUGCUAUCAUGUCAAUAAGGAUCAAAAUCACUCAGGAAAGUUUCCAGCACCUCGUUGAAUCUGCGCCAUGAAGAAUUAAGACAGUUCUGAAGCCAAAAGAGGGUCUAAUCCCAUAUUAGGAAGGUGUACCUAACAAAGUGGCUGGUGAGUGUGUAAUGUUACUAUUGAUUUUUAAAUGAGAAAAAAAAUGCACUUACAUGUUUUUUGUGACAGCAGUGUUAUGUUAAGGAGGAAUGCCAAUCGGACUCCAUGUGAAGUUUUUAGGAUGGAAAUAGGAAGCUGUCAGUAUUGCACUAUUGAGUUGACUUUGCUGCUGAGCAAGGAGCAGUAUUUUCGAGGGCAAACUGGAUAGCACUUGUGAUGGUAUUUUUUUAUUAUUAUUUUAUUCCUUUUAUAACACAGCGUUUCCUUUCCAAGGCCAUAGAGUCGGUGGAGACAUCGGUUGAAUGUAUUUCAUUGCAAUGUACAUGUGAAAGAACCUCAAAAAUGGAAGGGUACCUUAAUGUUUAUUUUUGUUUGUUUUAUUUAUUAUCUGACAGCUCUAAGGCUUAGAUAUUAAUAUAAAUCGGACACCGUGA